AAUGAUAUUUAUAAUAAUUUACAAAUACAAUAAUAUUAUUUUUAAUUUUUCAAACUUCUUACAAUGUUGGGAUAUAACGUAUUAGAAGUGGACCAUGUGCCAGACCCGCUUAAAAAUCAGCCUCGCUGGAAAGUCUGUUUAACAGUGACCCUGAUCCUCAUUGCCAUCACUGCCACCGCCAUAACAGUUGGAGCCCUAACUGGCUACACGUACUGCUACAUUGAACAUCACACGAUGGGAGGGCAGCACAACCGUUCAAAUAACUUUACAGUUGUACGGCUUGCUCCACUCUAUGAAAGUGAAAAAGCGAAGAGAAAUAGAAGCAUAAACGGAGCGAUAUCCACCCUCUUAAUUACCAAACUCUUUGACUCGGGUUGGCCACGGACCCACGAGCAACCUUCGAAUGACGAUUCCUCAAGCGAAGAAGAGGGUUGGAUACACAUCAUACUUUAAAAUGUAUUGUCAAUUUUCUAACACCUAAUGAGGGUUUUUACACCCACUAGAUGACUCGACUAGCAACUGAAAUCAUUUUAAUUGUAAAACAGUAUAAAUAAAGAAAAUGAGAUUCAGUAAAAUAAUAGUCCAUUGGUAACUUUUAACAUCUCUGUGUUGA